AGUCAGUCAAGUGGAUAUCCAACAACAUACUAAGAAUAUACUUAAACUCAAUGAACUCUUCCCAAAUAGUUGUGUUCAAGAACAUCGAUGUCGCUGAAGGCUUGGUGCAAUGAAUGUUCAUUAGACAUCGGGGGGCAAGAAAGUUUUAAAUUCAAUUUAAAAUAAAAAAGUUGCUUCUUUAAAGACGUAACAAAGACUUCUCCUGAAGACCGUCUCUACGAGACGCCUUUUUGUCAAAAAUAAAUUAAGAGUGCUAUGUGAGGCCAAAUGAAAGUCUUAUGAAAAUAAAAUAAGCUUGCGGAUGUCAAGAUCAACGUAAAGCUGACAAAGAGUAAAUGAAAAAGCGAGAAAUAAUAAAAAGUUCAAGACUGUUUGUAAAGAAAACAGGAAAAAUGUACAUUAAACCGUGAAACCAGAAGUCGCUCCCACAACUGUUGAUAAUUCUUACGCUAUUAUGAUUUCCGGUCAAUCUUAGUGAGUAGAUAUCAUUAUUUUGUUUUCUUUUUCUGAAGACAAAGCAUGCAGGACACCCCUGAGAUAAUCAGUCGAACGAGAACGAAGUGAAAUCAAUACAGUUUGCGGAAUGAAAUGAACUGUUGACAUUUGUGCUAGUAUAUUAGAAUAUGAUAUUAGCUACGGUCGAAAUCUUAAACGGGAAACAAGAACCUUCAUCACAUACAGAAAUCAAGGAGGAAAAUUAUUGAAUCAUAACCAAGAUUAUUGGCGAUGGCAAUCAGUGACAAUUUUUCUACUCUCAUCGUGGUUUUGUUCGCUGCGUUUUACACCACUGUUUUUAUUUUAUCGACCGCUGGAAAUACAUGGAUUCUGGUAACCUGUUAUAAGACUUUGAAACGAAGACACUUUCCGUUUAUGUGGUUAUUAGCUACUCUAGCGUCUGCGGAUCUCUCCUUUACACUUCUUACAGUUUUCAACUUUGUCGGCUAUUUUCAUCAAUGGGUAGGCGGCAACAGCUCUUGUAAACUACAGGGAUUCCUUCUUGAGGCGAGCUACACAGCUUCAAUCAUCACACUAGUGAUUAUAAGUUACCAAAGGCGAAAAGCUCUCACAGAUCCUUUUAACGCUAGAACAAGAAUUUGGCCACUCAAGGAAUACACAAAACUAGUCAUAAUUUGGGGUUUGAGCUUAGCCGUCUGUUCGCCUUUGUUGCGCAUUUACUACGUGGGGACGAGCAAGAACGAUGAAGUGGUUUGCAUUACAAAAGCGAGGGGAGACACAAUUCCAAAAAUAUACUACAGUUUGCAUACGACUUUUUUCUUUGCUAUUCCAUUGCUGUACAUUAUUCUAACGCAAUGCCGUAUUUUUCAUACUCUCCGAAGAAGCGUUGUACCAAUAAGUAAUUUGUUUAUGAAGAGAUCAAAUCAACGGCACAGGAAGGCUGCAAAGACACUCCUCGCUUUAACUAUAGCGUUUGUGUUAUGUUGGUCUCCUUUUAUGAUCACUCGAACACUAAUUUAUUUUCACAUGGCUUCUCCUGGACUCGUCUGGAGAGCGUCUCAACUUUUAAUUUUUCUCAAUGCCGCUCUGGAUCCGCUGUUAUACGGUUUUUUCGGUGGAAAUCUGAAGUCUUCAUUGCGAAGAGCCCUCCUCCGCAAGAAUUAUAUUUUAUGUUAUCAUCGACGCGUCGACAGAGUUCAGACAACCUCGUUUGGGUAGACUGCAUUCGGUAAAUGCACUGACAGUGUGACCGCAACAACAGCAAAACUUCAUGAAGGCUCUCUCAUGAGCUUUAAGCUUGCGCUUUAAUAGCAGAAUUAAUUUUUUAACCAUUGCCCUCCAUAAGGAAAGCCUCACCUCUAUGGUGCUGCAUUUUGUGGUCAACUAUUAAAUUGCAUGCAGGUUGCAGUGCACGUCAAGUUGUUCCUAGUAAAUCUGAAGCAAGCAGGAUAUAUGCAACGCCUAAGAUGAAGUUCAAAAAAAAAAAAAAAAAAAAAAAAGUCGGCGAUAACACUUCCUCUAAAAAGACAUCUUUAAUUACACUGGGCAUCAAUAUCAACGCCACAGUAAAGCAGGAUUUCCAUAGCAACAGAAGACACGUUCUCUCGAGGCGGCAAUCAAGACACUUUCUAUCAUUUUGCGAAUGGUUCUUACACUGUGGAUACAGCUACGCUAAAACAAUUGACUGCACUUUACUUUCAUAAGCAUAAAAAGGUAUUAAAAUUUCCAUUGUCAACAAGGGCUUAGACCAGGUGUUAAAAGUGAAGGAAAACCUAAUAUUUAUUUCUGAGGAGUUCUCCCUUAAUUGAGUACAGAUGCUUUUGGAAAAACAAUAGUAAUUAAAUUUCGAUCUGACCAACGUAAGGAAAGAUACAGCAAAAGGUUCUGUAACUCAUUAGGCCAAGAGUAUUCACAUGAAUACCCCCUGAGAGAAAUCUUUUCAAAUGAAAUAGCUUAUCACACCAGGUAAAAUGAAAACUUAGACUAGGCAAAAUCUGCAUGUUUAGGUGAUUUCAGUUUGGCCUAAAUCCCAUCGGCAAAGCUAAUUUCGUGUACUUUAAUUACCUUGCUGGUGCUUUCGCUCGACAUGAGUAAAACUUAACCUCGUUGGGUAGUGGAUUUUAUUUUUUUUUUCUAGUACUAAAGAAUCAUUGUUAAGGUAAAUCAAUCCACGGUGCUACUGACAACAUAAAGUUCUGCCUUCAUUUCAGUGUUAGAUGUUAUUCGAUACGAUUCAUUGCAAGCUGGCAUUUGCAUUUUACACAUGCAGUUAAAAGUAAAUACUAACGCAACAUAAGUGCAAUUAAGGAAAGCAGGAAAGCUGUUCAGAGGAAAAACCAACAGUUUUUUUUUGGAAUUACUUUCUUUUACCGGCUCUCAUUCCUCUUGGCCAAUAGCUAACGCUUAAGUUCAAAUACUCUCCAAAUUUUUCUUUCUAUUGAAAGAAAAGCCCUGUAACAUUACAACAAGGUGAAAAAUAUUUGCGGAAAAUGAGAAAGAACAGAAGCGGCUUCAGUACAUGUAAAUAAUCUUCAAACAUCGGGAGACAUUUGAACAUUUAAAAACUUGAGAAGCAGUUCAGUCGUCGUCGACAAGAAAUGGCUCUGGAGGACGGAAGUUUUACGCCAAAUGUGAAAAAAAAAAAACGCGAUUGCAACAUUACAACAAGGUGAAAAAUAUUUGUGAUCAGAAGCGGUUUCAGUAAAUAAUCUUCAAACAUCGGGAGACAUUUGAACAUUUGAAAACUUGAGAAGCAGUUCAGCCGCCGACAAGAAAUGGUACUGAGAAGCAAUUCAGCCGUCGACAAGAAAUGGCACUGAAGCACUGAAGUUUUACGACAAAUGCAAAAAAAAAAAAAAAAAAAAAA